UUCUCGCCUCCGCCCCACUGGUAGGGGCAUCCCAGCAUGUGUCCUCCCUCAUGUCUCUCUCUCCUCCCUCACACAGCAACAGAAUCUCUCUCUCUAGGAAAGAAAUCAAAAUUAAACAAGAUGCAUGGAUCGGAGAAAAUCUCAUCGAAUUUUCUCAUUCCUCCAAGAACGAGAGCAGGGGAAUUUAAAACGCGCGCGAGGGAGCUCUGAAAAAGGGACUUAGAUCCUAUCAAUCUCCAAGUAAUCUUCUCCUUCUCUGCCACACUACCUUUCUUAUUUGUUUGUUUGUUCGUUCUAGCUACUGCCAUGAUUCUAUUCCUUUCUUUUUUUUUCCUUUCUUUCUUUCUCUCUCAUCAUGCCAUGGCAGCAGCACGCCCAUGCAGCCGCUCUCCUCUCUCCUGCUCUCCACCACCACCAGCAGCAGCAGCAACGGUUCCUCUCUCCUUCACAUGCAGAGCUCGGCUGCCUAGUCCAGUCAUCACCCCCACCCUGCCGGCUUCUUCAUUCCCCCUCUCCUAUAUAACCACCCCCAGUCCAACCCCCCAAACCACCAACACAACAACAUUUGCAACAGCAACAACAACACCUCCUUCUCCUUCUACCUCUAGCUACAUACUACUGAUCAUCGAUCGAUCCAUCGAUCAAGCCUAAGGAGAGUGAUCAUCAUCAUCACCUCGAUCAUCAGCUAGCCAAUCCAGCUGCAAUUAAGCAUCAGCAGUCAGCCAUGGUGCUCCUCCCUACUGACCGCAUGGACAGCCUCUUCUCCCCGCGCUGCGUCUGGGUCAACGGCCCCAUCAUCGUCGGCGCCGGCCCCUCGGGCCUCGCCGUCGCGGCGUGCCUGCGCGAGCAGGGCGUCCCCUACGUCAUCCUCGAGCGCGCCGACUGCAUCGCCUCGCUCUGGCAGAAGCGCACCUACGACCGCCUCAAGCUGCACCUGCCCAAGCAGUUCUGCGAGCUCCCGCGCAUGCCCUUCCCCGACCACUACCCGGAGUACCCGACGCGCCGCCAGUUCAUCGACUACCUCGAGGACUACGCCGCCAGGUUCGAGAUCAAGCCCGAGUUCAACAGCACCGUGCUCUCCGCCCGCUACGACGAGACCUCCGGCCUCUGGCGCGUCGUCACCUCCGCCCCCGCCGCCGGCGGCGACAUGGAGUACAUCGGCCGCUGGCUCGUCGUCGCCACCGGCGAGAACGCCGAGAGCGUCGUCCCGGACAUCCCGGGCCUCGAGGGCUUCGACGGCAAGGUCACCCACGUCAGCGACUACAAGUCCGGCGAGGCCUACCGCGGCAAGAGCGUGCUCGUCGUCGGCUGCGGCAACUCCGGCAUGGAGGUCUCGCUCGACCUCAGCGACCACGGCGCGCGCCCGGCCAUGGUGGUGCGCGACGCCGUCCACGUCCUGCCCCGCGAGGUGCUCGGCAAGUCCACCUUCGAGCUCGCCGUGCUCCUCAUGCGCUGGCUCCCGCUCUGGAUCGUCGACAAGAUCAUGGUCCUCCUCGCCUGGCUCGUCCUCGGCGACCUCGCCAAGCUCGGCCUGCGCCGCCCCACCGGCGCCGGCCCGCUCGAGCUCAAGGAGACCCACGGCCGCACGCCGGUGCUCGACUACGGCGCGCUCGCACGCAUCCGGGCGGGCGACAUCGCCGUCGUCCCCGCUGUGAAACGCUUCGCCAAGGGCAGCCAGGUUGAGCUCGCCGACGGCCGUGUGCUCAGCUUCGACGCCGUCGUCCUCGCCACCGGCUACCGCAGCAACGUUCCCCAGUGGCUCCAGGGUAACGAUUUCUUCAACAAGGACGGAUACCCCAAGACCGCCUUCCCCCACGGGUGGAAGGGUCAGUCUGGCCUCUACGCCGUCGGCUUCACCCGCCGCGGUCUCUCCGGCGCCUCCGCCGACGCCGUGCGCAUCGCCAAGGACCUCGGCAACGUCUGGAGGGAGGAGACCAAGCCCACCAAGAGGGCCGGUGCCUGCCACAGGCGCUGUAUCUCCGUCGUCUUCUAAACUACUGAUGGAGCCGGCAGAUCAUGAAGCUAACUUACUGAAGCACACACAGACAUACAGUUGUUCCUGGUGUUUUAGUUAGCCAGCAGUCCAAUGCCCUUGGUUUGUUGUUGAUUUGUUCUUUGCCCGGUAAAUUACUAGUAUGGUGUCGUUAAUUAGGUUAUACGGUAAAAAUAGUGAGAGUGAGUUGAGUGUCAAAAAAACAGAGAAAGUGGAGCCCUCCCAUCCGUGGUGAAGUGAGUGAGCCCUAUAGGGGAUUUUUACUGCAGCUAUGGGCGCUAGCUUGGUGUAUAGUAGCAACCUGUUGAUGGAAGAUGAGGCUCUUUCUCAUUGACGUAGCAUGUUCAUUUCUUUGUUGUAUACACUCUAGUGUAGUGUCCUACACUCCUACUACACUUUGUAGCAGUAGCUAGUUUUUGCAGUGUUAUAUGGUUAGUGAAGAGGUAGUACUACCUCUUGUUGUAAUCUUUUUGUUUUCCUUUUUACUGCUCUUUGUAUGGCUCUUUACUUGAGAAUGAAUAUAUAAUAUGGCUACUAGUGUAAUUUGAAUAA